CAAUAAUUAUAUAAUUAUAAUUAUUUUCAUCAGCAAUUUUCUCUCUCCUCCCCAUCCCCCACCCCCAACUGUUCCUCCCACAUUUCAUUUACUAUAUUCUCUCCGAUUUAGGGUUUCUCUCUCUCUUUCUUACACUCGUUUUUCUCUCUCCUCCAUUUUUUUCGCAAGCUAUGAUUCCUGACUGAGAAAUAUGUUUCCCUCCGCAUAUUCGAUGCUAGAAGACCUCCUUAGCUGAGGUAAUAUCAUCUCACCGGUUCCGAUUAUAAGCAUCUGGGUGGUCGCAAUAAGCCUAUAAAGGUAGCAGCAUUUGUGAACCGUGACAUUUCUCAUAUUUUGAUUUAGAAUGGAUGAUAGCGUGCAUCGUGAAAACGGGAGACAUAAGCCUGAAAUGUAUAAACCACCACAUAGUCAGUGGUUGAUGCAACAGCCACAGUCAAUGAAGCAUAUGAUGUCCAUUAUGGCUGAAAGAGAUGCUGCAAUCCAAGAGAGAAAUAUGGCCAUCAAUGAAAAGAACAAGGCCUUGGAAGAGAGAGACAUGGCAUUUAUGCAACGAGAUACUGCUAUGCAGGAAAGGAAUGAGGCCCUCAUGGAGCGGGAUAAUGCACUGGCAACACUUCAGUAUCGGCAAAAUUCUAUAAACGGUGGUAGUAACAGUUGCCCACCCGGGUGCCAAAUUUCACGUGGUGUAAAACACAUGCACCAUCCUCAGCAACAUAUACAGCAUCCUCCUCAUGUGGGUGAAGUUUCUUAUGACGGGAGAGAAGUUCAGGUACCAGAUGCCCUACCAUUGACUUCUGUAGCCCCAGAGAGCGCAAAAUCCCGGAAAGUGAAACGGCCAAAAGAUCCUAAUGCAGCAUCCCCAAACAAGAAAACAUCGAAAACUGGACGAAAGGCUAAGAGAGAAGGUGAUGACUUGAAUAAGAUUAUGUUCUCCAAAUCUCAAGAGUGGAAGGGAAUGCAGGAUAUGGGAGAUCAUGAUGGCUAUAAGCAAAUGGGUGCGCCGAAAUCUGACUGGAAGGGACCAGAUCUUGGAUUGAACCAAGUAGCAUUUGAUGAGUCAACUAUGCCACCUCCUGUUUGCUCUUGUACCGGGGUUUAUAGGCAGUGUUACAAAUGGGGCAAUGGAGGAUGGCAGUCCUCAUGCUGUACAACAACGAUAUCCGUGUACCCAUUACCAGCAGUACCCAACAAACGACAUGCCCGAGUUGGUGGCCGAAAGAUGAGUGGUAGUGCUUUCAGCAAACUACUCAGUAGGCUUGCUGCUGAUGGACAUGAUCUUUCAACUCCGGUUGACCUCAAGGAUCACUGGGCUAAACAUGGGACAAAUCGCUACAUCACCAUCAGGUAAUACGGUUAGAGACUUAGAAAGUUUGAAUUAAACUAGAUCCAUUUAUAUGUAGCAGUGGAUUUCAGCUACAAGGAAGCGUUUGAAAUAGCAAAUUAGAAAGAAAUGUGGCAAUUCUCGUUUCUUGAAUUCUCUUUCCCGAGGACCAUGAAAUCACUACCUCCUCCUUGGGGUCUAACCGUGGAGCUUAUGAACCGGUAAAUUCAAUUGUGAAAGAGCAUGGUCUUCAACUCGGCACAUCUUGUGAAGUGGUAUUUGUAAAGCAGCAGCUAUUUAAUAUUUCAAGGCAACUCUAAUGUUAAGGUAAUUGUAACAUCCUUGUUAUAUCUAAGAAAAAAGUUGCUUUGCCAACUUUAUUUUUAAAGGGCUUAGUGAAAAACUGGAAGUUCAUGUUUUCUGCUCAUAAUUUGAAACUUUCUGGCUUAGCCUUUAGCA